AUGAUCAAACCUUACCCCGAGCUAUUCGGGCCACUUUACGAAACUCUGCGGGCGGCUCGCAUAGAGCCAUUAGCCCCCAUAGCGAUCUGUUACCAUCCACAGGCAACUAUAAACCUUAUCACAAGAGAGGCUGCGCCCCUCAUCUCGAACUCCGGCAUGCUCGAGCCCACUGGAGAGGGCGUUGACCCCGAGCAAUUGGCCGGCAGCUGGCACCGAUGGCACAGGGGCUGGAAGCUGAACAGUCCUCGAAUCACAUCGAAAUCGCUACGGCCGUACCAAGGCUCAAUUUUAUCGUCGCAGCAUCGGCUGCCGUGGAUAGAUGCUAGCAACAAUCUCGCUGCAAAUAAGACUCGUACGGGAUUCGAGCCCGCUACAAAUCCCGCGCGAGAAAAUCCACCGUCGAAAGCUGUACACGGGAACACUUUCAAAGGGUGCAUUCCGCCACCGCGAUUCGCAACUGUUGCCACCCCAGCGUCCCCACUGUCGCGUGUUCGCGUCCCGGGGGCGGGCUGCCCCUAUGGGUCGCAAUUGGAU